UAUUAAUUAAAAUAGUUUUAAUUAGUUGCAUUAGUUUUGUAUCCAUUAUUAUAUUUGUUGUCAAUUAAUAUUUGUUACAUUUUUAAGAUGGAAGGUGGUAGAUAUUCGGUUGAUUUGGGUAACCUCCAACGCAAUCGAAGGAACGAGAUUGGGAGGAAGAAAUCCCGCAAAGGUAAAGAACUUGCCGGUUCUUCAUCUCAAAGCCGAGAUGAUUUUGAAACGGGUUACCAAAGGCGAGAUGGAGAUGCGAUGUCCGAAGAACAACUCCAACAAGAAUUGGCCCGACAUAAUAACCGCUUUCUACAACAACAACAAAUCCCGACGACCAUUGACGAAGAGGAGCUUGAGGAUGAAGAUGCGGAGGAAUUGGAACCGGAGACGGCCGAGGAGGAGGGUGCCGGCAGCCACGACGCCGACGAGCCUGCCUCAUCCCAAACCGCCACCGGUAAUAAAAAAAGUAAGUCUGAACUAAUGAAAAAUAAUUUUGAUAAAUGGAAGGACCCACAAACCGGCUAUUGGCACGCAACUUGCAAGUGGUGCAACAACAAUUAUAGUUUGGGAACCUCCGGCGGAUACGGAUCCGCCGCAAGGCAUCUUAAGGCAAAGCACCCCGUGGAGUAUGCAAAAUUAGGCGGCGGAACGGGGAAGCAAACUCAAAUAUCGAGACUUGCUAAAUUGGAAGAUUGUUUCAACUUCUAUUAUCUUGCGUUUUUUGGUGAAUUUCCAAUGUAUGACGAUAACCCCAUAGAUCCGAAAACGGAAUACAACGAGGUUAGUACUUUAUUUUAUGCUUUAUUUAAUGAGUUUCGUGCACAAUAUAGCAACGCUCCCCCUCCCCCGUCACGAACAUCUUCAUCUAAAGGAAAAUCGAUUUUUAAAUCUGCAUUUGACAAUCUUAUGAAAAAAACAAAAACAACUCACGUC